GUCUUUUCUUGACAUUUUUCUCAGUCUAAAGUGGACCAUCUACAGAGAGACGUUACUUCUAUGAAUGAUUUGAAGAUGGAAAUCGAUCAGYUGAAAAGAGAAAAUAGUGGAAUUCAAAAUUCCUAUAAUAAGGUUUCUUCUGAACUUCAGUCAAGCAGACUACAGGUCCAGUCUCUGCAGGGACAAUURCGAGAGCUUCAAAUGCAAAGUGACAGGAARGAUGACGAGUUAAGAGUCGUGAUGGAAUCACGUGAAGAUGCAUUGAGAGAAGUUGAAAAGCUGGUUCACCACACAGAAAAUAUGGAGCGAAACAACAGACACAAGAUCGAGUCUAUCCAAAAAUCCUUCAAUGAAGCACGUGACAACAACAAUCGCCUGUCAUCCACCAUGGACAGCUUAAUGGCUUCCCAUAAUGAGCUACAGAUGACUUUAGAAAGAAUGCAGACAGAACUAGGACGAAGAGACGCUGAAUUACAGUCUACCAUACGUGAAAAGAAUUCUGCGAUAGAAAUGGUGAGAAGUCUACAGAAUGAACUUAGAAACCUUCAGAAUAAAGUCGAUGGCUUGGAAAAUAACGAGACAAGAGAGCUGCGACCUCUGCGUGGCGCUCUGAAAAAUGCAAAGGACGAGAUUCAAGAUUUGACGCAAAAACUUGAACGUGCUSUGAAAACCAAUAAGAAACUUCAGAGCACAGCAGAAGAUCUUCAGAUGGAACUGGGCAGAAAAGAUGUUGAACUAGAAAAGCUUUUUAAGGAAAGGGAGCAUGGAGUUCGGGAAACACAUUUUGAGGUGGUUGAUUUGCAAGAAAGACUUGCUGAGGUAGCAGAUAGGGCACAGAAUGAUAUACAGGAAAUAAAGGCAAAAAGCAAGAAAGAAACGUCAAAGCUUAAAAAAGAAAUAGAAGAAGCAAUUGCUACGUGUUCCCAGUUGAGAGACGAGAAACACAAACUAGAAGACCGUGUCAAAGAACAAGAACAAGAAUUAGAGAAAGCAAAAAUUAAGUUAAAAAAUAUGAAACAGCAAAUAAACCAAGCGAAAAAAGAGAGUCAAARCAAGGGUAAUGAAGAGGAGCUGGCCAAGACGACGAUCGAGAAUUUUAAGGCUGAAGUAAAUAGGAUGGAAAAAGUCAAGACGGAAUACGUCCGCAAGAAUAAAGAACAGGCCAAAACUAUAGAAGAGUUCGUCUCCAAGGUCUCAGAUCUUCAACACGAGCUGCGAGCAUUAAUAGAUGCGCAGAAGAAAACAGUUCUGGAAUGCAAAGAAAAGGAAAAGGAUCUUGAUAGAGAAAGGAACCUUCGGAAAGAUCUGGAGAGGCGUUUAAAGAAAGCUCAAAYGCGAGAAAAAGAAAUAGAUUCCGUGAGGCAAGAAACAGAACAGAAACUAGUGGACGCCAAUAAUGAAAGUCAACAGGUUACUGAGAGUYUAAAACAAGCACACAAAUGGUUUAAGAAUAAAUUCGAAGAUCUCCAGGCUGAACUUGCUCGAUCCAAGAAACUYCAAAACGCACUUGAAAGAGAAAACCGUGAACAGCAGAGAAAACUWAAAGACGAAAGAAAACAAGUAGACGAACAGACAGAGAAGGCCAGAGAAGUGUUAAGGGCCAGUAGAAUGGCUGUCAGUCAACUGAGUAGUGAAGUGGCAGAGAACUACUGGGAAACUAAGGGAAUGAAGCAUGCUCUGCAGGCAGAAAAGGAUUACAGCGAUGUGACGACGCUCAAACUACAGCGACUUCAGGAUUCCACUGCCCGUCACAUGGAAGACCUCGCACAAGAGGUAGACAGGUUAAGGAGAUCUGCAAGAUAAGGUCGAAUAAAGCAAACGUACACACGACUUCUCAUGACCAUAUCARAAAGAAUUCGCAGAGUCCCAGGAAUAGGGUCGGGGGGCUAGGA